UGGCUGAACGAACACAACAUACAGUUUACACUUUAAACAGUAGCUGAACGAACAGAACAUGCACUUUAUACUUUAAAGAGUGGCUGAACGAACAGAACAUACAGUUUAUACUUUAAAGAGUAGCUGAACGAACAGAACAUACACUUUAUACUUUAAAGAGUGGCUUAACGAACACAACAUACAGUUUACACUUUAAACAGUAGCUGAACGAACAGAACAUACACUUUAUACUUUAAAGAGUGGAUGAACGAACAGAACAUACAGAUUAGACUUUCAAGAGUGGCUGAACGAACAGAACAUACCUUCUGCAUCAGCUAAAGGAAGUCCAAGGAUGCGCAGCUUAUUGAACCUUUUAUUCGUCAUCACUGUGAUUAAUCAGAAUUAUGGAUCAACGAGUAGCCAGAAUAAGGAACUCUGUGAAGUUACGUCGUCCACAGGCCUCCUGGAUUCUAUCACAGUCUUGAUUUCUCAUGUCAAAGAACAAUUGCAGGACAAAGUAUCUGACAUAGAGGCCAGUGGAGUAGCUCAACCAACCCUCUCUCUUGAUCCAACGGACUGUGCUGAUAUCUUACUGAGUGGACAUCGUUCAAGUGGAGUGUAUCGUAUUUGGCCAAAGUCUUGGAUGACUAUAGGGACUUUGAAUGUUUACUGUGAUAUGGAAACUGACGGAGGGGGGUGGACAGUAAUCCAGAGACGAGGGGAUUAUGGAAACCCCGCUGACUACUUUUACAAACCAUGGAAAGAUUACAAACUAGGAUUUGGAAACAUUGAAAAAGAUUUUUGGUUAGGAAAUGACCGAAUUUUUGCUCUCACGAAUCAAAGAAACUACUUGAUCAGGUUUGACCUAAAAGACAAAGAAAACAGCACACGAUACGCCGUUUAUCAAGAUUUCUGGAUAGAAAAUGAAAACUAUUUUUACCGCCUGCACAUUAGUAACUACAGCGGAAAUGCAGGAAACAGUUUUGGACGUCACAAUGGACAUAAUUUCUCCACAAAAGAUGAAGACCAUGAUGCCCAUGAGACCCACUGUGCCCAGACGUACAAAGGAGGUUGGUGGUAUGAUCGCUGUCACGAAUCCAACUUGAACGGCCUCUACUUAAAUGGGGAACACAACAGUUAUGCCGACGGUAUAGCAUGGCGUGCUUGGAAGGGUUAUCACUAUUCUCUCUCACAAGUUGACAUAAAAAUACGGCCAGUUGACUUUAAUAUUCCUCAAAGCUAACGCUUCAUUAUUAUACAAAAAUUGUUUUUAAGAACACUUUGACAAUUUCUGGGCAGUAAAAAUGAGAUUUUGAGACAAAACUACUCUACAAGGUAAUAGCCUACUAUUAGUUUCAUAAUAUUGUGUAUUAGAUAUUUACUGGAU